AUGGCGACCGCGACGCGGAGGCUGCUGCCCGCGCUCCUCAAGACCCUAGCUCCAGCCGGCGCGCGCGGCCUCUCCACGGAGAAGGCUGUGGGCGCCGCCGCCGUCGUCGGCAGACACACCGCUAAGUGGAUGCAGGACACGAGCAAGAAGUCACCAAUGGAACUGAUCAACGAGGUACCUCCAAUCAAGGUUGAUGGUCGCAUUGCCGUCUGUGAAGGGGCUUCUGAAGGUGUUGGACUUGGCCACCCGAUCGAGUAUAUCUGCCUUGAUCUGGAGGCACCUAAUGUAUGCAAAUACUGCGGUCUCCGUUAUGUUCAAGUUCACCAUCACUAA